AUGGAUAACUUGGAGGGGGACACGGACCCGCCCAAACCCUGGGUGCCGCCUAGCGGAUUCUGGAGAGCUGUGCGGCCCGAGACGCUGGCACUGAACGGGAACGCCCGUUCACCGGCAGAUGGGACAAUGGGCAGAACGAAGCCGGCCGGGGCGCCCGGGGGGCAGCGGGGGUCGUGGGGGGACCUGCAGAGGUCCGACAGCUUGGAGAGCCACCUGCACCGAUGCGUGCAGAAGGACACGGGGCCAGGGGCCCCUCCGGGGGGGCUGUGGAGGGCUGACAGCUGGGAGAGUGUGUGCGGCAACGGCGGCUCUCUGACGUUGGCUGAGAGGGUAGAAAUGAACAGGGGCAUCCUCAGACGAAUCCUCAACGAAGCCCAAAGCAGCUACCGGGACAGCAUCAGACAGGCACAGGAUGUCUCCCAGGGCACCAUCAGAGGCAGCACAACCCUCAAUGACAGUGACUGGGACUCGGGCAUCUCCCUGCAGGACAGUGAGCACAGCCACAGGUCUGUCAUUUCCAGGGAAGACCUGUCUCUGAGUCCAAGGCAUGAGCAAGCAAAACGCAUCCUGGAGCGUGCCCGCAUGAAGACCCGGUCCAGCCCGGUCAAAGCAGACCACACCCUCUUACCUGUUCAGAGAGACAAUGCGGUGUUGCUGUCGGCGUCCGGGGCCCCCUGGUACAAGGACUCUCUCCUGGUGAGGGACGGCCUGGCGGUGGUGUCGGGCAACCUGAGCGACUCCUCCAGCGGAGACUCGGCAUGCGGCUCGCGCCGGCGCCCGGGCCACUCCCCGACGCGCGUGCGCUUCCAGGACGAGUCUGAGCGGGACGCCGAGGCGCGCUACCUGGAGCGGCAGCAGCGGCAGCGCCCCCGGGCUGGCGAGAGGGCGCAGGGCCUGCUCGUGUCCAAGCCCCGGCUCUCCUCCUACAUAAAAGGGCUGCGGGAGGGAGACGGGAGCCCAGAGGGCACGCCCUCGUCAAGCAGGAAGAAGAGGGCAACCCACGGGGAGCUGCAGGGGGGAACUCACAAAGACACAUUACAGGAAGUGAUGACCAAGAAGUGCGGCUCCUGUGGGACCUUUUUAGAGGGCGUCGUGGCGUCCCACUUGAACCUCGUCGCUCAGGCCGCCCCUGGAGACGCGGUGUCACGAAGUCAGGUGAUACCCCGCUGGAUAGCCCCCGCCCGCACAAGCAGCUCGGAGCAGAUAAAGGAGACCCACAUCGGAGAGGUCACCUCCGCUGACGAACCCCGCAAAUCCAGCCACAGCCCGGCUGGAGAGGCGCAGGGCGGGGGUACUGGCGGUACGGGCCAAAUCGUGUCCAUUUUGGCGACGUCGAAGAAGAAGUGUUUAAAAAAAGAGGACGGAGGACUGGAGGAGGGGCAAAGUCCCUCAGAACCACAGGGGCAAAAUGUGGGCCUUCCCAGCUACCGGCCGACCCCACCUGCCAAAGACCGAAACAGUCUGGGCCUGAACCUGAAGGAACAGACCACUAUGCUGAACAGGGGGGAGGAUAAUCCCUCUCUUCUGAGCCCCCACUCCCCGGUCUCCCCCCUCAGGAACUUACAGCUCAAGGCCCACCCUGAAAUCACAGGUCUAGGUCAGCACCUCCAAGCAAACGGAGACUGCCAGGACGACGCUGGUCUGUGGGUAACUGUGCCCCUGGAGAGUCCCUCAGGGUACCAAGGGAUGCAGUGGGCAGAGCAGCAGCUGGAGGACGACACCAAGCCUGUACAUACACUGGAUCCACACCGCAGAGUUGUGAUCGAGCGGUCCGGUGCACGGGACGGCAGACCUAAGCUGUCCCUGCGUCGGAUCUUCUCUGCCAUCGGGCUGACCGGCACCGGCUGGCUGCGCCAGGGUCACUCCAGCGGCUCGGAACGGCUGAGCUCCUCUCCCAGACACGGGUCCCCCUGCCUAAGCCCCAGCCACAGCCCCCGCGGGCAGCUGAAAAAAACGCCGUCGCUGCAAUCAAUGGCAAAGCAGGGGGUGCCCAUUAUCCAGCUGCGGCGAGCCUCCUCAGUACAGGAACUGCCGCUUCUCAAAGUGAGGGAAGAGCAUGCCGCUGAGAACAGGCUGGGGGUGCAGCUCCACAGCCCUGAUAACAGGAGGGGGCUCCAGCGAGCUCUAAGCGUGGAGGACGUGGGCCGGCCCAGCGGGGCUCGGUCUGUGGGGCGGGUCGCCCAGGCCUUCCCCGACGGGACGCUCCUGCUGGAGCUCUGUCGGCCCGCUCACGGGCCCUUUGGGUUCGUCAUCUCCCGGGGCAACGGUCGGCUGGACUCAGGUGUAUACGUGGAGAGAAUGGGUGACAGUGGGACAGAGAAGCUGUACGCUGGGCUGCUGGGUGUGGGGGAUGAGAUCCUGGAGGUGAAUGGGGAGAAGGUCGCCGGGCUGGGUCUGAACCAGGUGACCCGGCUCAUGAGGCAGGACAGCAUCGCCUCCAUCAGGAUCCUCAGGCACCGCCGGCCCCGUCGCUAG